UGUAUUCUGUCCUUUCAUCCUCACACUGAAUUAGUACUCACUCACUGGUCCCUCUUUGCUUCCCGGAUUUAUCUCAACUCUGCAUACUCUUUCUCUCUCUCCUCUUCAUCUCUUUCUCCCUGAGACCUGCUGUGGUGCCCUGUAUGCCAGAGUGGAGCCAGCAUGUAACAUCCUCACUCUGGCUGUUAACAGAGCUGUGGCAGGUGGGAUCGCUGGACCCAGUCGGUCUCCCCCCAUCCCUCUCUCUUUUUUUCUCUCUCACUUGCUCCUCAUCUCCUCAUUCGCUUUUAUUCAUUUCUGUGUAUGGGCAAGGAGCGCUAACAUGGACUAUUUGGGUCUUUUUAUCCUUCUAAUGCUUCUGUGUUUCCAGUGGACAACUGCCCCUGCUGCUGAGGAAGUUACCUGGACCUACACUGGACAGUGUUCUUCCUCUCUCCAGCUACAUGUGGUGCACUACAACUCUGAGCUCUAUCCCAACAUGUCCACAGCAAUGACGCAGAGUGACGGUUUGGCUGUUUUAGGAAUUCUCAUUGUGACAGGUGAGGAGACCAACCUGGCAUUUAACAACAUCAUCAACUACCUGAGCCGCAUCAGACAUGCCGAUCAGAAGGUGUCCAUCCCAGCUUUUGACGUCCAGUCGCUGCUCCCUAAGGAUCUGGGGCGCUACUAUCGCUACAACGGCUCCCUAACAACGCCACCCUGCUACCAGAGUGUGAUCUGGACACUGUUCAAUGAGAGGGUUCAAAUCUCAAAGGCACAGCUGCUAAAGAUAGAGACGAUACUUUACACCAGUAAAGCCAAUGAUCCAGACAGAAUGCUGCUGCAGGACAACUACCGCGCGACACAGCCGCUCAACCACAGGGUCGUCUUCGCCUCCUUCACUGCAGAAUCAGGAAAGGAGCUCUCUUCUGGUGAAGUCACAGCUAUAGUAAUAGGAGUGAUGUGUGGCUGUGUAGGUCUGGCUGUAAUAAUUCGCUUCAUCGUAAAGACCAUACGAUUUUUUACACUCCUCCACCGCGAAUCAGUCGUGGUAAACAGCUCUACCUCUAGCUGGGACGUCCUACCCAGUAACCGGCCUGCUCCCAUGUCAAGGAUGAAGGGGCCAGAGAAAGCAAAAGAGAAAAAACAAGACAUGGCUCUGAACUCAACCUCUGAAGCAGAAAAGAAAGAGGAACCCUCACCGUCUCCUCAGACUGAGCCCUAGCUGAUGGCACUUCAGGGCUUUAGUCCGGACAAAUGCAAAACACCCUCUUCUUCCCUCUUGCCAAUAAUGUUAUCACUGAUCCAACAUGUUUUUCCUCAUCAGUUACAAAAGGCAACCGGAAAAACAUUUUACAUAGCAGGCUAAACUGGACACAGAACAAAUCACCUGCUGCCCCGAUCACUUCACUGUUUCCAGUUUCUUUUCUCACACCCAAAUUCAGCAAUGUUGGCAGUCUUAGUAUCAGAUGUGUUUUUUUCAGUUUGCAUGUGAAGCACUUGGUGUACAAAUGUCAGUGGCUCUGAGUCGUAUGUUUGCUCUUGCCGGGGAUGCAUGAUUAGUUCAUGUAAAUACUUUGUAAAAUACAAUAUAUUAUGUUUUUUGUUUCACGUUUGACCAUUAUUUUUAUCUUCUUGCCUUGAAACACACGCACACUACAUUGUAUGCCAUGUACUAGACUUAUGAAAUGUGUACCUGUGUAUUCAUA